AUGCCUUUGGGGAAAAGUACAAGCACCCAAAGAAGUUACAAUACAGAACAAAUAAAAUUAAAUGGAAAAAUAUAUGAAGGUGGCCCUUGUCGUCUUCAAUUGUCUUUAGAUGGAAGACGUUUAUUCAUUUCAAAUUCAUUUCUUCGCAAUUGGGAUCAACAUUUCUUUCCGAAAUUGGCAGAGUUUGUAUUAAAUAUUUAA